AUAAAUAAAGAUUCCUUCUCCAUGUACAAAAUCAAGAAACAGACGUGCGUGAGACUGAUACAUUUGGCCUUUAUAAGGUAACGGUGUCUUUGCUCUCGAUAGUCGGCAUCAUCCAGAUAUCUUACACACAAUUUAUUAACUUCCAUUUGAUAUUCAGCACUACUAGCUGUCUUGGCCACAAAUUAUAUUAAAAGCUCAUCUUCAAUAUUUAUAAGUGAAGCUUUCUUCAAUUCAAUUGAAUCGAAGCAAGGAGCAACACAGAUCAAAAUUACACAAGCAGUAACGAAAAUGGGACAGAACGAAUGGCUGAAUGGGUAUUUGGAAGCCAUAUUGGACGCGGGAAAAGCAAGAGACAAGGCUGAUAACAAGACCCUCAAAAACAGUAUCCGAAAAAAACUUGAUGGUGAUGAAGAUGAUAUUGUUGAUGGCAAGUUGAAGUUCCAGACUAUGGAAAUAGUGAGCAAAGAUAAGCAAGAUGUGAAGAUAUUCAGCCCUACCAAGUACUUUGUCGAAGAAGUUGUCAAUGGCUUUGAUGAGGCCGACCUCCACAGAACUUGGAUUAAGGUGAUUGCUACAAGGAAUUAUCGUCUGCGCAAUAAUAGACUCGAGAAUAUGUGCUGGCGCAUUUGGCAUCUUGCCCGCAAAAAGAAACAGAUAGCUUUGGAUGCUGCGCAAAAGCUAGUAAAAUGGAAAAUAGAGAGAGAACAGGGGCGUAGCAUUGCUGCAGAAGACCUUUCCGAGCUGUCAGAAGGUGAGAAGGAAAUCAAAGGAGGAGAUUCUACUUAUCAAACUGACUCAUCACAUACACAUACACACAUCUCAAGAAUCAAUUCCGAUGCUCAGAUUUGGUCAGAUGACAACACUUCACGCCAACUAUACAUCGUUUUGAUUAGUCUUCAUGGGUUGGUGCGGGGAGAAAACAUGGAACUUGGACGAGACUCUGACACUGGUGGUCAGGUAAAAUACAUUGUGGAACUGGCUCGAGCUCUAGCAAACACGGAAGGGGUACACAGAGUAGAUCUUUUGACAAGACAAAUCACAUCACCAGAGGUGGACUCCACCUAUGGAGAACCCAUUGAGAUGCUUUCCGGUGGCUCGGGGGCCUACAUUAUUCGAAUCCCAUGUGGACCUCCACACAGUUACGUCCCCAAAGAGUCACUCUGGCCGUACAUACCUGAGUUUGUUGACGGGGCCCUCAGCCACAUUGUCAACAUGGCAAGAGCUUUAGGAGAUAAUAAUGGUGGAAAAACGGUAUGGCCUUAUGUGAUCCACGGCCACUAUGCGGAUGCAGGGGAAGUGGCUGCACGCUUAUCCUCUGUCCUAAACGUGCCUACUGUCAUAACAGGGCACUCGUUGGGAAGGAACAAAUUAGAGCAGUUGCUGAAACAAGGGAGGCUUUCUAGAGCGGACAUAAACACAACUUACAAGAUAAUGAGGAGAAUCGAAGCUGAGGAGUUGGGUUUGGAUACUGCUGAGAUGGUAGUAACAAGCACAAGGCAAGAGAUUGAUGAGCAGUGGGGUUUGUAUGAUGGUUUUGAUAUCCAGUUGGAGAGGAAGCUUAGGAUUAGGAGACGCAGAGGAGUUAGCUGUCUUGGAAGAUACAUGCCCAGGAUGGUGGUUAUACCACCUGGUAUGGACUUCAGCAGUGUGACAGCACAAGAGUCAUCAGAUGCGGAUGGAGAUCUUAAAUCAUUGAUCGGCACUGACAGGAUCCAUAAAUCACCUAUGCCUCCAAUAUGGUCUGAGAUUAUGCGUUUUUUCUCAAAUCCUCACAAGCCUAUGAUACUAGCAUUAUCUCGUCCUGACCCAAAGAAAAAUGUAACCACUUUACUCAAGGCUUUUGGAGAAUGCCAACCCCUUCGAGAGCUGGCAAAUUUGACACUAAUACUUGGAAACAGAGACAACAUUGAAGAUAUGUCCAAUAGCAGUUCGUCUGUUUUUACCACAGUACUGAAGCUCAUUGACAAGUAUGACUUGUAUGGUAGUGUGGCGUACCCAAAGCAUCAUAGGCAACCUGAAGUUCCUGAAAUAUAUCGACUUGCAGCCAAAACGAAGGGAGUUUUCAUCAAUCCAGCUCUUGUCGAACCAUUUGGCCUCACUCUCAUAGAGGCUGCUGCAUAUGGAUUACCCAUUGUAGCUACGAAAAAUGGUGGACCAGUGGACAUAAUAAAGGCACUGAACAACGGUCUGCUUGUGGACCCGCAUGACGAGAAAGCCAUAUCAGAUGCUCUUCUAAAGCUUGUGGCUGACAAAAAUCUCUGGAACGACUGCCGGAAAAAUGGCCUGAAAAAUAUCCACAAGUUCUCAUGGCCGGAGCAUUGCCGUAACUACCUCUUCCAUGUUGAACAGUGCAGAAAUAACCACCCAACCACCAGUCAUCUUCGAGUCAUGCCAAUUCCGGAGGAGCCGCUGAGUGAAUCACUCCGUGGCGUUGAAGACAUUUCCUUCAAAUUCUCUGUUGACGUCGAUGUUGUAAAGUCCAAUGGCGAACCUGAUCCAGCUAGCGGUCAGCAGAAAAUCGUUGAUAUUCUAUUGGCAAAGGCGAAUCAUAAAGGAAAAUCCAUGAAUCACAACUAUUGUCCGGGAAGAAGGCAGUGGCUGUAUGUAGUAGCAGUUGACAGUUAUAGCAGCGAAGGAAGUCCUGCAGAGGCAUUACCUUUAAUUGUCAAGAAUAUCAUGCAAGUUGCGGGAUCAGAGUCUAGUCAGAUAGGUUUUGUACUACUGACAGGUUUGAGUCUAUUGGAGACAAAGGAAAUGCUGCUCAGAAGCAACUGUCAGGUAAAACUAGAACAAUUUGACGCGUUGAUUUGUAGCAGUGGGAGCGAAAUGUUCUAUCCGUGGAAGGAUUUGGUGGCAGAUGAAGACUACGAAUCCCACAUUGAGUACCGUUGGCCUGGUGAAAAUGUCAAAUCCAUGUUACUGAGGAUUGCCAAGAUAGAAAACAAGGCUGAGAAUGAUGAUAUGCAGCUAAGUCAAUCUAGCCCUCGAUGCUACUCGUACAGCAUUAAACCAGGAGCUCAGACUCAGAAAAUCGAUGACCUAAGACAGAGGCUACGCAUGAGAGGCAUGAGGUGCAACCUGGUGUAUACACAUGUUGCAUCAAGAUUAAAUGUGAUACCAUUGUUUGCAUCCAGAGCACAAUCUUUAAGAUAUCUGUCGGUUAGCUGGAAUAUUGAGCUUUCAAAAGUGAUUGUGUUUGUGGGUGAAAGAGGGGAUACGGACUAUGAGGAGUUGCUCGGAGGUCUCCACAAGACUGUUAUCCUGAGAGAUUGUGUCGAAUAUGGUGGUAGUGAAACCAAUAUGCAUAGUGAAGAAGGGUUGAAAAAGGAGGAUGACGACAUUGUUGCUCAAGACAGCUCAAAGAUUGCUGUUGCAGAGGGUUUUGAUGUUCAUUGCAUCUCCAAAGCCUUGGGAUGUUUUGGAAUCAUGUGAUUCUUCAAUCUUACAUAUAUGAUGCCAUACACUUAUGUAGAAUUAAUACAAGAAAUAAGUGGAAAAAACAUUAAUACCAUUUGAAAUAUAUAAGUAUUAACAAGAUAUGAUGUACUAUUUGACUUCACAGACACGAAUCAUCAAUGUCAA